UUCUUUACCUUGGCGCGUUGCAAUUUACAGAAACGUUUUGAGCUCAAUUAAUGUAUUUGACAAACUAGUUGAAUUUUGCGAUUUGGUUUACAAUGAAAUUAUGGAUCAUUUAAAUAAUGUUAAUAGUAAAUCUACAAGACAGCAAUCGGCGAAUUGUUUGACAGAAAUGUUCGAAAAACUACUGCGUCUUUGGUCCACAGAAGAGAAUUCUUACAAACCGAAUCCAUUGGACACAUACUUUUGUAGAUUAUUUGUUACAGUUAAAAAGUGUUCGAAAGAUAAUAUCAAUAAAUUGUGUUGCGCACUUAUUGCAUUGAAUAUUUUAACCCGCAAACAUUUGAGAAAUUUGUCUUCUACGACAUUGGUUACACAGCUUAUUGGUUGUGUAAAUGAUGUAUUAGAUUCAGAAAAGGAAGCGAGUGUUCGACUUUUGGCCAUCCGCUUAAUGCGCACUGCUUGUUCAAAAAUGCAACCCUUUAUGUUUAAUCAAUUCAAGAAUAUAAUAUUAACGGCAGUAUUCUCUCAACCUAUCGACACUUCUACCGUUCGAACACGAAAAGCGAAUUCUCUACUGUUGGAUCAACUUAUCGAAAUACGUGGAAUCGAGGAAUUGCUCUCAUUUGUUAAAUCAUCUGGAAACUCUCCCGCAAUUUGGAUAAAAAUGUUGAAGAAUUCAGAUAAAAUGCGACGACGGAAGCACAGACGGAAAACAGUGGGUAAAAAUCGUAGUUAUAAUGGUAUUAAGAAAUUUGCUACAAAAAGUUUCCGUCGGAAAACUUGA